AGAAUUACCUUAUCAUUCAGAUCACUGAAGUACAGCAUGCUAUUGACCAACUUAGAAAAUUGGAUACUGACAAAAUGAAACGGAUAACAGAAAUUAAGAUGAGAAAACAAGCAGUUUCAGAUUUACGCACACUGAAAGCUGAACUGGCACAGAAGAAAUUUAUUACAUCUUUUCAAUCUCAAUAAGGAUUUCAAUGAUGCUAAGUGAAGUGCCAACUUGCAAAGUGAGGAGAGAGGUCACUGGAGCAUUCCAGGCAAAAAGAACAGCAGGUGCAAAGGCCCAGAGGAUCAUUCUGGGCAGUCUUCCUGAUGCCAUCACAGCCUCUGCCUGAACCCCAACAGGAAGGUCCAAAGCAGCAGGUGCAAACCCAGACGGGGAAAACUGGUGGAUUACUCUGUGUCCAGAAAAAUGGAGCUCAAGGCCACGAACAGAUACACCAUCCCAGGGAACCUUGCUGUCUUCCCCUAUCUGACCACGGGGCUGCUAGCUAUUGGCUGGUUCUUCACUCGCUGGUACUUUGUUUAUGAAGCCACCUCCACCAAGCACGCUCAUAAUAUGUACAAAAAGCUUCUCAUCUCCUUGGUGGCCUUGCUAUUCAUUGACUUUGGAGUUCUCUUCCUGUUACUCUGGGUUGGCAUCUACAUAUGAGCUCCUAAGGGAUCCAACCAGGUAGAUUCAUUGAAUCUUGGUUUUUGUAAAUUAUUUUUUUUUUAACUGUUGCUGGAAGUGUCCCACCUGCUGCUCACAGUAAAGGCAGAUGUGGAAAGAGAAAGAAAGUAGAAAGAAAGAAAGAAGAAAGGAAGAAGAAGAAGAAGAGAAAGAAAGAGAGAGAAAGAAAGAAGAAAGAAAGAGGAGGAAGGGAUGGAGGGAAGGAGGAAAGAAGGAAGGAAGGAAUUAGGAAGGAAAGAAAGAAAUCCUGAAUAGGAACUUCAGAAUAAGUUUGAUGCUGGUAAGCUGCCCAGCAUUGCCCCUGACCUUCAGAACUAGGACCACGUCAUCCUCAUAGCAUUUACUCAGGGCCACAGCUGCAAAGUCAUGGAAACCUGCAAAGCAAGCCCAUCAUCAAAUAAAAAUCAUAAUAGCACUUAUGAUGUGCCAGGCACUGUUGAUUUAGUCAUUAAAAAAAAACAAAAAAGCAAA